AUGUUCUUGGCCUGCGUGAUCUUUUUUGCUGGCCAUAAACUGUAUGUAAAAGUGAAAGCAUCUGGUAGUCCAUUGGCUGGCAUAUGUCAUGUUAUAGCCGCAGCCAUCAAGAAACGUCGAUUGAAGCCAGUUAAGCAGCCUUGGCUCGAUCCUUACAACCACAUUCCUCAUAACUAUGCAAACUCUAUUCUAAAGUACACCGACCAGCUUAGGUUUCUAGACAAUGCAGCGAUCAUGACCCCUGAGGACAAGUUGAACUCUGAUGGAGCGGCUUUGGAUCCAUGGAAACUAUGUACGAUGCAGCAAGUGGAAGAAGUGAAAUGCAUUGUAAGAAUAAUUCCAAUCUGGUUCGCUUGCGCCAUUUACUACCUUGCAAUAAGUAUGCAGAUGACUUAUCCGGUCUUCCAAGCACUCCAGAGCGACAGGCUAUUGGGUUCAGGUGGCUUCAAGACUCCAGCAGCCACCUAUGUAGUGUUCUUGAUGUGUGGUAUGACGGUUUUCAUCGUAUUCUAUGACCGUGUCCUUGUCCCCUCACUUAAAAGAGUGACGGGUCUAGACACGGGGAUAACACUCUUACAGAGAAUAGGAGCAGGCAUUUUCUUUGCGGUGUUGAGUUUAUUAGUUUCCGGGUUCACAGAGGAACGUAGAAGAACUUUUGCGCUGACAAGACCUACACUCGGGUCUGAACCUCGAACAGGAGAGAUCUCCUCAAUGUCCGCGAUGUGGCUGAUUCCGCUGCUAACACUUGCAGGCAUAGCAGAAUCUUUUGCAGCUAUUGGACAAAUGGAGUUUUACUACAAGCAGUUUCCUGAAAACAUGAGGAGCUUUGCUGGUUCUGUCUUCUAUGUUGGUGGUGGAGUUUCGAGUUACCUUGCCAGCUUCUUUAUUUCCACUGUUCACAGGUCAACUGAGCAUUCACCUUCAGGGAAUUGGUUAGCUGCGGAUUUGAACAAAGCGAAGCUGGACUACUUCUAA